UUGAUUGCAGCUCAGUUUGAUUGUCAAUGUCAAUUGUAAAAUUUGCACGAACUGAAGUAUUGUGAUCUUCGAGCAAUAAUUAGCGAAUAAUUGUAUGUUUGUGAUACCCGGAACAGCAUUUUAUAUCAAUAUUUAUAAGUAUGCUUAUGGAAUUAUAGGAAUAGUAAAACAAUAUCCACCGAAAUGGUUGUUUCACCGCAAAGCCCUGCUGGCGAAGCCCCAAAUGUGCAAGGUUCUAAAACCAAUAUGGCGUCCAAACAAACUUCUGUAGCCGAUACAAGAGUUGAAUUAGCAGAAUUAGUUAAAAGAAAAGCCGAAGUAGCAGAGACUUUGGCUAGUUUGGAGCGACAAAUUUACGCUUUUGAAGGUUCGUACUUAGAAGAUACUCAAUUGUAUGGUAAUAUAAUACGAGGAUGGGACCGCUACCUCACAACCAACAAAAGUACAAAUUCCAAAGCUGAUAAACGUAAUAGGAAGUUUAAGGAAGCAGAACGGUUGUUUUCUAAAUCUUCUAUAACUUCAAUGGCUGCAGUCAGUGGACUUGUAGAUCCAGCAGAAACAAAAAAUGAAAGGAAUAGUGAAACGGAAUCGCAGACAAAUGAGGAUUCUUCAGAUACACAAUUGAGUGGAUUAAACUUAGGAAAUCUGAAUCACACAACAAUACAUGGCUCCACGGAGAGUAUUGCAUCUAAGCCAUCUGGGAAACAACACACCAAUGGAGUUAUUGAAAAAGCAAUGAGUCAAACAAAACAAAGUGCAACUCAAAAGAUGGCAUCUGGUAUGCUACAGAAGUCAUUUAACAGUGAUACUAAAAUGCUAUCCGCAGUUGGAUUAGACAGUAGACCUGGCACUCCAAAGGAUAAAGACUCUACUCUAGGUAUUGCCAACAAAGGAGAUACAACGCUGAACUCAUUGAAACAUAAACUCACUAAUAGCAACAGUAACAAUGUUAAAAAAAAUAACAACAAAAAGGCCAGGCAUAGAUAAAUUGUCAAUUCAUCUGAUGAAAAAAAAACUUUCAUA